AUGACGGUCACCACUUAUACCGCCAGUAAACGUAACUGGGUUUGCCCUUCUUGUUCCGUGACGAAGAAACGUGUUAAAGGUGAUGAAACACCAAUCCGUGGGCAAUUAGAACAGCUCCCAGUCGAGCCAGAUGUGUCUUGUGAUGAUUUGGGUUCUGAUUGUGUCGCAACUAAUGCGGCUGGUGGUUCGAAGGGUUCGUCGACUACAGAUAUUGCUAACGUCUUACAAGAACUACGAGCAUUUAGAAACGACUUUGUAGGCAUGAGAUCUGAUAUCCGCAGCAUCACGAACAGUAUUCAGCAAAUUAAUACAAGAUUUGGCGAAAUAGAAUCUCGUUUAAGCGACAUUGAGGAUAGACUGAUAGAGAAUGAAAAGAAAACUGCAGUGAUUCCUAAAUUAAAGCAAGACUUAGAUUUAGCUAAGAGCACUAUAUCGGUACUGGAAAAUGAGUUGCAACAACGGGAUCAAUUAGCCAGGAUGAAUAACAUCGAGAUAUCGGGGAUACCCAUUACUGCUGGUGAGAACCUCUUCACACUGUUACGGGGCAUUAGUAAUAAGGUUGGAUACUCAUUAGACGAUCGUGACAUCGAUAGUGUCAUGCGUGUGCGAAGAUUCGAAUCGAGCAAUAUGUCUAGUGAAUCAAGCACACCGCGCCCGCCUGCCAUCAUUGUGAAAUUUACUCGGAGGCUGUGUAAGGACACAUUCCUAGCAGCCGUGCGUUCGCGACGCGGCCUAACUACUGCUGAUGUUGACCUCCCGGGUCCCUCGCUCAAUGUGUACGUAUCGGAUCACCUCACUCCUCAAAAUAAACAGUUGUUAAAGCGUGUCAGACAGCUCAAAACUGACCUGGAUUAUUCUUAUAUAUGGAUUAGAGACUGCAAGAUACUGAUGCGCAAAAACGAAAGGUCAAAGGUCGUCGUCAUCAAGAAUGACACCGACCUUUCUAAGUUGAAAUGA